AUGACCAGUGCCACACACCCGUACGAAUGCGAUAUUUGUCUCAAUUUCCCCGCAGAGGUCGAUGCUCAAUUCGUCUUACAAACGCUCGAGGUCGACGACGAGCUGCAGCCGGACAAAAUCCAUCGUACUUUGACUGUUAAAGGCUCCGAUCUCCACGUUCACUUUGAAGCUACUGAGAUCCGACUGCUGCGCGCAGCAGUGUCUUCUUUUUAUGACAUGAGCAUGCUGACUGCUAGAACAUUGCUGGAGUUCAAGUAG